GGCGCAGGGAGGGGCCCGGGACGCGGGGCCAGGCUGGGCCCCUCAGUGGAGGCCCGCGCAGGCAGGCCCCGCCCCGGCCUCGCACAUCUGGGCUGCGAGAGCGCGGCCAUCCGGCCUGGGGGAGGGGGCGGCGGACGGGGUGGGCGGCGCGGGGCCCGGGCCGAGCGACCGACGCCGCGGGUCGGGCGCACGUCGAGGGCUGCGAAACGGAAUCGAGGCUGUCGGACUGGCUCCAGCUGUCCGGAGAGCGGAGCUCCAGGGCUGCAAGGAUGCUGGCUGUCCCAGAGCUGGGCCUGCAGGGGCUGUACAUAGGUUCCAGCCCAGAGCGGUCCCCGGUCCCCAGCCCACCUGGCUCACCAAGGACCCAGGAAAGCUGUGGCAUUGCCCCCCUCACACCCUCACAGUCUCCUAAGCCAGAGACCCGUGCCCCGCAGCCGCCCCCCUUCUCGGUGGUGGUGGCCAUCGACUUCGGCACCACAUCCAGCGGCUAUGCCUUCAGCUUUGCCAGCGACCCUGAGGCCAUCCACAUGAUGAGCUCUGGAAUCCCCUGCCUCUUCUCUGCUGCCCAAGUUCAGCGCCUGGACCGUGGCGCAUGCUCCGCCCUGCUUUACCUUCAUCCUCCCUCCCCUCUGCCGAUGUUGCCAGGGGACCAGCAACCUUGCCUUCUAAAAGCAGAUACAGCCAUGCCUCUGACUCCCCAACUUGGAAUCCAAGGAGAACUGUGGAAAUGGGAGGGUGGGGACCCCGGCGUGGCCCACCAGAAGACCCCGACCUGCCUGCUGCUGACCCCAGAGGGCGCCUUUCACAGCUUCGGCUACACCGCCCGCGAUUACUACCACGACCUGGACCCGGAGGAGGCGCGGGACUGGCUCUACUUCGAGAAGUUUAAGAUGAAGAUCCACAGCGCCACUGAUCUCACCUUGAAGACUCAGCUGGAGGCGGUGAACGGAAGGAAGAUGCCCGCCCUGGAGGUGUUCGCCCACGCCCUGCGCUUCUUCAAGGAGCAUGCCCUUCAGGAGCUGCGGGAGCAGUGUCCGUCGCUGCCAGAGAAGGAUGCUGUGCGUUGGGUGCUCACGGUGCCUGCCAUCUGGAAACAGCCCGCCAAGCAGUUCAUGCGGGAGGCCGCCUAUCUGGCCGGUCUGGUGUCUCGGGAAGAUGCAGAACAACUACUCAUCGCCCUGGAACCCGAGGCUGCCUCGGUCUACUGCCGCAAGCUGCGUCUGCACCAGCUCAUGGACCUGAGCAGCCGGGCCCCAGGCGGCGGGCGCCUGGGUGAGCGCCGCUCCAUUGACUCCAGCUUCCGGCAGGCACGGGAGCAACUGCGAAGAUCCCGCCACAGCCGCACGUUCCUGGUGGAGUCGGGAGUUGGAGAGCUGUGGGCAGAGAUGCAAGCAGGAGACCGCUACGUGGUGGCAGACUGCGGGGGAGGCACUGUGGACCUCACCGUGCACCAGCUGGAGCAGCCCCAUGGCACCCUCAAGGAGCUGUACAAAGCGUCUGGAGGCCCCUACGGCGCGGUGGGCGUGGACCUGGCCUUCGAGCAGCUGCUCUGCCGCAUCUUCGGCGAGGACUUCAUCGCUACCUUCAAACGGCAGCGGCCCGCAGCCUGGGUGGAUCUGACCAUCGCCUUCGAGGCCCGCAAACGCACGGCGGGGCCGCACCGCGCUGGGGCGCUCAAUAUCUCGCUGCCUUUCUCCUUCAUCGACUUCUACCGCAAGCAGCGAGGCCACAACGUGGAGACGGCCCUGCGCAGGAGCAGCGUGAACUUCGUGAAGUGGUCCUCGCAGGGGAUGCUCCGGAUGUCCUGUGAGGCCAUGAACGAGCUCUUCCAGCCCACAGUCAGCGGCAUCAUCCAGCACAUAGAGGCGCUGCUGGCGCGGCCGGAGGUGCAGGGCGUGAAGUUGCUGUUCCUGGUGGGCGGCUUCGCCGAGUCGGCCGUGCUGCAACAGGCGGUGCAGGCGUCGCUGGGCGCCCGCGGUCUGCGUGUCGUGGUCCCGCACGACGUGGGCCUCACCAUCCUCAAGGGCGCUGUGCUCUUCGGCCAGGCGCCGGGCGUGGUGCGGGUCCGCCGCUCACCCCUCACCUACGGCGUGGGCGUGCUCAACCGCUUCGUGGCAGGGCGCCACCCGCCAGACAAGCUGCUGGUUCGCGACGGCCGCCGCUGGUGCACCGACGUCUUCGAACGCUUCGUGGCCGCCGAGCAGUCGGUGGCGCUGGGCGAGGAGGUGCGGCGCAGCUACUGCCCCGCGCGCCCGGGGCAGCGGCGCGUGCUCAUCAACCUGUACUGCUGCGCUGCCGAGGACGCGCACUUCAUCACCGACCCGGGCGUGCGCAAGUGCGGCGCGCUCAGCCUCGAGCUCGAGCCCGCCGACAGCGGCUCGGACGGCGCAACCCCGGGCCGCCGCGAGAUCCGAGCCGCCAUGCAGUUCGGGGACACGGAGAUUAAGGUCACCGCCGUCGACGUCAGCACCAAUCGCUCGGUGCGCGCCGCCAUCGACUUCCUUUCCAACUGAGGACGCGCCGGCACGGUCUGGGUCCCAGCUCCAGCCCGCCCUCCCUUGGCCCCGGGGCCUGGGUUAUGGGGCGGGGCGGAGGAACAUUUGUUCCCAGCAUCCCUUUCCCCGCCCUCUAGCCCCGCGGAGAUGAACUCAAGGGGGAGGGGGGCACAUCCAGAGACUUGGCUUUGGGACUGGGCUCUGGCCCACCAAGUGGAAGGCUGAAGGCGUCCCCAACCCCCACCCGCCGAGGACCCUGGGGGCAGAGAGACUUAGAAUCGGCUCCCAGCCUGGCAGGGGACAUGUGGCCUGGAGACGAGCCAGGCCUGAACUUUGGGGUGGGGAGAAGGGAAAGGACGCAGGCUGCGGGAGAUGCCCAGGAGGGAGGCGGUGAGGGGCCGAGGUCACUAAUGGAUCCGCUCAGCGCCCGCAGGGGAGCUGGGGGAGAGCAACCCUGACCCAUGGCAGACAGUAGAGGGACCGGUGCAGAAGCCCCGGUCAGGGUGUGGUGCUGACCACACCACUGUGACGGUUCCUGUGGGAAGGGCGAUAGCUGCAGGGAGGAAGGUACACUUUGAUGAAGGCAGUUAUGAGGGGAUGGGGGUCUUUCCUUCCAGACGUCACCCAUCUGGGAGGGUCCCAAGGACAACCCAGCCAGGGAAGUGCAGUCGGGAGUGGGUAGGGAGACAGAGCUGAUUCUAGCCUUAGGAGUCCCUGACCACCACAGGCCUUGACGGUGGGCAAGCGUGAAAUGUCAGGCCCCAGCCCCACGGCCAGAGAGCCCUAAGGUGACAAUAAAACAUUUAUGCUCAAGGGAA